CACAGAGAGCGGCUAGUGUCAGCGCAGCAGCGGCGGCUCCGGCAGAGGGAGGAAGAAUCAGUUGGGAUACGCGUUGGGUUUUGUGGUAUUUCAUUCGGCUUUCGGGAAUACUUACAUUUUCCUCUCAGAAGAUAUGAGACGAGUCGUACGGCAGAGCAAAUUCCGUCACGUCUUUGGCCAGGCGGUGAAGAAUGACCAGUGCUACGAUGAUAUUCGGGUCUCAAGGGUCACAUGGGACAGCGCCUUCUGUGCAGUCAACCCCAAGUUUGUUGCUAUAAUUAUUGAGGCCAGCGGUGGUGGAGCUUUCCUCGUCCUCCCUCUACACAAGACAGGGCGCAUUGACAAAUCCUACCCCACAGUGUGUGGUCACACAGGUCCGGUGUUAGACAUUGACUGGUGCCCCCACAAUGACCAGGUCAUUGCCAGCGGCUCAGAGGACUGCACCGUGAUGGUGUGGCAGAUUCCCGAGAAUGGCCUCGUCACUUCCAUGUCUGAGCCAGUGGUGGCACUGGAGGGCCACUCCAAGCGCGUGGGCAUUAUCACAUGGCAUCCAACAGCGCGCAACAUUCUUCUUAGUGCAGGUUGUGACAACCAGAUAAUCGUCUGGAACGUGGGCACCGGCGAGGCCAUGAUUAACCUGGAGGACAUGCAUCCUGAUGUCAUUUACAAUGUGUGCUGGAACCGCAAUGGAAGCCUUAUCUGCACCGCCUGCAAGGACAAGUCCAUCCGUGUUAUUGACCCCCGCCAGCAGACGAUUGUCGCUGAGAAAGAGAAGGCGCACGAGGGGGCCCGGCCCAUGAGGGCCAUUUUCCUCAAUGAUGGCAACGUCCUCACCACUGGCUUCAGUCGCAUGAGUGAGAGACAGCUGGCUCUCUGGAACAUUCAAAGCAUGGAGGAGCCGAUGACUGUCAAUGAGAUGGACACCAGCAAUGGAGUGCUUCUGCCCUUCUACGACCCGGACACCAACGUUGUUUACCUCUGUGGGAAGGGUGAUAGCAGCAUUCGUUACUUUGAAAUCACAGAUGAGGCUCCGUAUGUUCACUUUCUGAACACCUUUGCCAGCAAGGAGCCCCAGAGGGGCAUGGGCUACAUGCCAAAGAGGGGCCUUGAUGUCAAUAAGUGUGAAAUUGCCAGGUUCUAUAAACUGCAUGAAAGAAAGUGUGAGCCUAUUGUGAUGACUGUACCUAGAAAGUCGGACCUGUUCCAGGACGACUUGUACCCAGACACAGCUGGACCAGAUCCUGCUCUCGAGGCAGAGGAGUGGUUUGAAGGCAAGAAUGGAGACCCCAUUCUCAUCUCUCUGAAGAAUGGCUACGUCCCGGGCAAGAACCGUGAAUUCAAGGUGGUCAAAAAGAACAUUUUGGACAACAAGGUCGCCAAGAAAACGGAGCACUCGAGCUCUUCCAACAAGUCCUCCUCCCCAGCUCCAACAAUUAAAUCUGAAGCCAAGCUGGAGGAGAUCUUGAAAGAAAUCAAAUCCCUCAAGGACAUGAUCGGCAGUCAGGAAAAGCGAAUCGUCCAACUUGAAGAGCAGAUGUCCAAAAUUGCCAUUUAAUGACCCUUUGCCCAGCCCGCUACAAUUCAGGAUGCUCCACUGGCUGGGGGGUGGGGGUGGGCGGGAACACUCGCUGCCUAUCUCAAUGACAGUGUUUCGUCUGAGUCCUGCCUAGCAAAGAUCCCUAGCAACAUUCCAGAUGGACUUUUUCUUAGCCAGCUCCCAACCCUCAGUUUAAAACAGGUGGAAUAAGAAGAACAUGUGGCAGAUUUAGUAGAAAAUACUUUCUUUUUGGUGGCAAAGGACCAUUCCUUUUUAUUUUGUGGCAGUUUCUCUCUUUUUUUUUUUUUUUUUUUGUAUAAAAAGGUCUUACAUAAUUCUUUUGCAUUUUAGAAUAACGACCAAGAAAACCCAAGUGUCAACUUCUCCCCCCAAUUUUUCAUUGUAUAGGAUCGUGUUUUAUAAGUAGGCCUCAGUGUUUGAUGUUAGCCCACCUCCAAAAUGAUGAUGUUGCCAAAUCUGGAAUUUUGUUUACACCUUAACAGUAUUUUUCUUUCCUCGUGAGAAUAUGAGAAACAGUGCAGGAAAAAAAAUAAUCAGUAGUGCACUAUAAAAUGAACGUAAUUUAACUGGAUAGUUCUGGAAGGGAGAUUGACGGUAUAAGUUUGUAGUUGAAAGAAAAUACAUUCCAGUUUGCCACAGCCGACAUCUAACACUCAGACAAACCACAAAUGAUAAAUUCUUGCCGUCUUUGUUGAAGCUGCACGAAUCAAUGCUUCCUUUUGUGUUGUUUCCUUUCAUUCCUGUCGCUUCCCAUCAUUCUGACUGUGGACAAAAUAGUCCAAGUAAACAUGCAUUCCUUUCUACCUUGCUUUAGUAACACGCACUCUGCACUUACUCAAGAAAAUGACACAUUCCACAAAUCCCAUUGGCUGUUCUUGGUAUGAAGGGAAAACGCACUCUCACUGCGGUGACUCAGUUGCACUGCUUGGUUGUUGGGAUGUUUUAUGUGCUGCCCAUGGAAAGACCAGCUUUUGCAUUUUCAUCCUUUCUGCGGGGGGGGGGGGGUCCAGCCCAAUUGGUUAUCCAUGGUUUGCUUGGCACAUCGUUGCAGUCAAGUGGAGGGGGCUUAUUUUUUGUCAUUGCACUUUUGUUUGCUAUGCCAUCUCAUCUACAGUUUUUCUGGACAAGCGCAACAAAAAUUGUUAUGAAAUGACACCAAAUAAUCCCACAGCUGCUUGACUGCUUUUAACCAUCUGGUGAUGAAGCUGGCUAGACCUCAAAGGACAAAGACUCAUAUCUUUGGCCUUUCAGGUACCGGCCACUAUAGACGUUCCACUAUAACGUUUUCCUUUAAUUUGGAAGAAAUGAAUAGUUGGGUUAUUGCUUCAAUGUUAAUUUCAUCCCAUUUAUUGUUACAGCUCUUCUUAUAUCCCUCUUAGUACUUCCACAUCUUGGCUAUUUCUCAGAUGCCCCAAUUCAGUGCAGUCAUUUUAAAUAUAGACAAAUAUUUUCCAAC